AUGAUUGUGAUCUUGAUUAUUGGAGAUGAUGCUACUAAACGAUACCUUCUUCAAACUAUAGUAACUGCUAUCAUCACACCAUUCAUGAACAAAUUUUCAUCCAUUAUUGUUAUAGUAUCACAAAGUACAUUAACGAUCGAAAACUUAAAUGAAGUACUGAAUUAUCUGAAGAAGAAUGGAAAUAUAAGCUGGCAUAGCCUUGGUUUGGAGUUAGGCUCAUAUAAUCGUACACUGAAUGAUAUUGAAUCAAACAACCCUGGGGCUGAAGACCGGAUUAGUCAGUGUAUUUCAAAAUGGUUUCAGAGAGUAGAUGAUGUUGAUAAAUAUGGAGGAGCAAACUGGAUAACAUUAUGCAAUGCCAUAGAAAAGAUAGACCCUGCAGUAGCUAAUGAUAUCAGAAGGCGACAUCGUGUAUUGCCAUCACAACCAACUGAACAGAGUAACGCUGAGCCUGACCCUCAAAAGUAUGCUGAACCAAACAUGCAAAUUACUGGCACACAAUUAUCUAUAGGUACCUCAAAAUAUUCAUUAAUUUUAAUUGGUCUUGAUUGGGAGGUUUUAAUUGUUUUUCUCUUAAAGAAGCAAAUACUUUGUACUCUAGGUUCUAAUGAAAAGACACGGUUAAGGCACUCACAAGGAGGACCUUCUCCUACUACUCCUAGUGGAACUAAGAAAACUAAUGAUUUACUAUCUCCUAAUUCUCCUCCUUCAGCUUCAUCCACUAUUGUUAAAUGGUGUACUAAAGUUUUGAAAUAUUUUGAAGGACUAGGACUUGGAUUUUUAGUAAUUUCUAUUGGAUACAUGAUUCCACCUAUAUUUUGCAUUUAUGUGAUAGCCGGAUUCAUUGUGAUGAUAAGUAGAAGAGGGCUUGACCAUCAUUUACGAGGUUUCUUCCUGCCUCUUUACAUUCUUUUGAUUAUUUAUGUACUUUUAUUUGUUUUAGAAUUAUUUUUAGAGUAGUUAUUGCAUUGAUUAUCAUUAUCAUUUAACCGCAACCUGUUUUGUUGCUAGCAUAUACUAAUAACUGAUUUA